AUGGUGUUCGGGGAGGUCUCUGGUGCGGGUGAGCCGCUGCGGACCCCCGGGGCGGUCUGGAGAACCAGCUGCCCCCUCUCUUCUCUCGCUUGCACAGAGCAGAGAAACGCGCGGAUCGUGAUGACUACCCUGCUGCUCACUGAGCAAAUAACACAAGAAGACCACGGCUCGGAGGGAAACUACGUCCUUUAUGGCUCCUCUUGUGCCCAAAUCACCGAGGAAGCUGAAUACGUGAAAAAGGUAUUUCUGUCGCUGUUCCGUUCCUUUCUUUGCUUCGGCAGGAAACACGGCUCGGGCAAGAAAGCAGCGUCCCCGGAGAGCGGCUGGAGCUGGAGCUGCAGUCCUGUUGCAAGGACAAUGAAGGAAACGGAAGAGCAGCUGCUGCUGGUGAGCAGGGAAAACCAAGUGCUGAAGCUCAAGCUGGAAGCCACGAGAGAAGCAGGGGUCCAGGCUCUCCGAUCUGCUUCCCAGAAACUCUACGCGAAUUACCAGACUCGGUCAGAAGAACUGAAAAAAAGGCAUGAGAAUGAGAAGCAGCAAAUAGAGGCCUACAAUCUCCAAGAAGAAGAGAAGCUCCAGCAAAGCUCAGAAAACGCCAGCCGCCUCGCUGAAGGCAUCAGGGAAAAAUGUACCCGCAUCGCAGAGAUGGAGAAGCGCGUGCAAAGGAUGGAGGAGGAAAAGAAAGCCCUGAUACAGAAGAAAAUGUCAUUCGAAAAGAUGCUUCAACAGAUGACAUCAAGGAAUGAAGACAGCAAACGGUGCCUGGAUCUCCAGAAGCAGAUUUUCUCCCUGCAGGAACAGAUCUGCCACCUGCAGCACGUGAUCCAGGCGCAGCACCACGGCCUGCGUGGCGUGAUACAGGAGGCAGAGGAACUGAACAACAAACUCCGAAGCCAAGAUAAGAAAAUAGAAAACCUGACAGAGAAGCUGACUGCACUGGAAGCGCAGAAUAAAGAACUGAAAGACAGAGUGGAGUUCUGGGCUGGCCAGCCCAAGAGUAAAGUUUCCAAAGCUGUCUGGACAGAUGCCCUGCAGGAUUCUAGAGCAUCCCCUUACCUGAUGCUCACCAGGCUAAGGAAGCAAGAGAGCUAA